UAAAGCUACCUUGCCUGGGUGACUUUUUUUGGGGGGGGGGUGCUCUUUAUUGGUGUUAACAGGAGCAGAAACACUUUGAGCAAAGAGGACUUUUCCAACUUAAUGUGGUCCCUUAUGCAUUUCGAUGAGUGCUUUUCUCCAUUCGUUUUUGCCAUUUGGCAAACACUGUUUUAUUAGCUUGUCUUGCCAUUUUCUGUAUAAUCUAUGCACUUUGUGAACAGGCAUUUCGCAGUUUUAAGUCAACCAUGCGAAUUUAAAUACUCAAUUAUUCUUGGUUUUUGAUAGUCCCAGGAUGUUUAGUGUAAGUUGGCAUGUUUUAUAUUUAAGUCUGUUUUGUUGCAUGAGUAUAUCGGCAUAAAUAAUUGCAUUACACGGCAAAGAGUUUCGCCUUCAGGGUUAAAACAACAUCCGUGUUAGAGUUGCUGCGGUCGCUAGAGCUUAAAGAUAGGGUAUAAAGAUGGUGUGAUGUAGAAACCCUUGACAGUGGAACAGCGCCACACAGUGGACAUGACUGGAAUCACAAACAGCAAGCAGUUGUCUUAAAAUGUCCGUUUGCUGCCAUGAUGGUUCUAGGUCUCGUUCCCGCUCCAGAUCCCAUUCCCCAAACCAGCACCGGGACCGGAAUUACCCAAGGGAAUACCAGAACAACCGUGAGUUCCGGGGCUACCACCGAGGCUUUCGCAGGCCCUAUUACUACCGUGGCCGUGGGCGGGGCUACUUCCCACGGGGCCGCUACCAGCGGGGAGGGGGUGGUGGAUACAACAACAAUUAUCGACCCAACAACUGGCAGAACUACCGUCAGCACCAGCAACAGCAGCAGCCUGCGCACCACCAGCACAGCCCCAGGAGGGGGCGCUCUCGCUCCCGCACACCCAAGAAGCGCUCGGGCAGCCCACGUUCGCGCAGCUGCUCCCGCUACUCUGACCGUUCGUCCUCCGGACGCUCCCGCCGCUCCUCGUCGUCGUCCUCUCGCUCCUCGUCUCCACGCCGCCGCUCUGGGUCUGGCUCUGCCAAAAGAAGCUCUAAGGAUGUGAAGGACCGGUCUGCGUCGAAGGAGGCCCAGCGGGCCGUGGGGGGAGAUGAGGAGCUGGCGGGAGGAGGUGGAGGCGGCGGUGAAGCGGGCGACGAUGGGGCCGAUGCGGAAAAGGCUGCCAGCAAUUGGCAAGGCCUGACUGACUACAACAGCAGCCCUAAACGGGCCAGUCCUGCGGUGCGCUCGGCAGUCAUCAUCAGCCAGGGGGCCACGGGUCCUGGCCACCCCGGCACAUCCGGUAACAGCGGUGCCCCCUGGCAGAGUACUGGCCCCACACCUUCCAGCAAAAGCCCUGCAGAGAAGAGCCCCACUGCUACGUUUUCUGGCUUUGGGCUCUUCUCCAAAGAGGACCACAGAGCAGGGGAGAAAGCUGCCAUCUCGACAGCGUUUAAGAAGUUCUUGGAAGAACACAAGAGCAAAAAGCAGGCGUCCGACUGGGAGAACGGCAGGGACAAGGAGGUCAGCUCUGCCGAUGGCGACAGGGAGAAAAGCGGCAGCAAGUGUGUCUUUGACCGGGGCGCGGGGUACAGUGCCUCAAAGAGCCUCGAGCACAGCAGCAAGGCUGAGAAGGACAAGUACAAAUAUGGUGAUAGCUUUGAGGGCGAGCCUUCGGGUGGCUUUAUGAAAGGGCCUCCUUUCCUUGGUGGCAAUGGGGGAGAGGAGGAGGAGGAAGUGGCGCUAGAGCCACGGGCCAAGCUCCGGAAGGAGCGGGAGGCUGAGGAAGAGCCCAAGCCCAAGGGCAAAGCUGCCCUCUCAGCCCGCGAGGUCUUCGACGAGCGCUUUGGCAAGUGGGAAGAUGUGUCCUACUUCCCCACAGCCAAGGAACGUAUGCGCAAGGAGGUGGAGGCGGCUGGCACUGAUGACCUUGACGACAUGGAAGAGGAGCUGUACCGGAGCCGCAAACAGGAGAGGGCCUCGGCGCUGGCCAAGAAGGAGGCAUACAAGGGCUUCUCCCCAGAAAAGCCGACAAAGAGCAGGAAGAAGGAGCGGGUAGAGUCCAGCCCAUCCCCGCCACCUCGGAGGAGGAGCACAGAGAACAGGGACCAUGAGAUGUUCAUGGUCCGCAGGGAUGACUCUCCUCCCAAAGCCUCUGUGAAGAGAGGGGCUGAGUUUAAUGUCAGAAUGGAGCCUGUAUGGGAUGAAAUUGCAAGCUCCUCCGGGACCUUGGCCAACGAGCGCCGGAUCUCACGGGACCUGGUUCAACCCACUAAGAAAGAUAAGGAAUUCCGCUCCAUCUUUCAGCACAUUCAGGCCACCCAACUGCGCAGGAGCCCUUCGGAGCUGUUUGCCCAGCACAUUGUCACCAUUGUUCACCAUAUCAAAGCACAGCACUUCUCGUCCUCAGGGAUGACUUUAAAUGAGCGAUUUGCCAUGUACCAAAGAAGGGCUGCUGAAAAGGAAACAGUGAAGCCAAGAAAAAGUCCAGAAAUACACAGGAGAAUUGAUGUUUCUCCCAGUGCUUUUAAGAAGCACUCUCACCUGUUUGAGGAGAUGAAAAGCUCCGGGGAAAGCAGCUACAAGGAGGACAGCAAAAAAUUUAAAGGUGAUUCUAUGGAUCUGCGUCUGGAUAUUGAGCGCCGUAAAAAAUACUCAAGCAAGGAGCGGGAACACAAACGGGACGGAGUGAGAGACUCGGACUCCCACGGGUCCAGCAGGGAGAGAUCCUCUGAGAAGUUCACCAAGUAUCACAAGAAAUCCAAGAAAAGCAAGAAAAAACGUGAGCGCUCUCGGUCCUCCUCGUCCUCUUCAUCCUCAUCCCCCUCACAUGCCCACCGUACCGGGGAGUACCCUCAUGAGGAGCCGGAGCCCCGCGAGGAGGGAUUCAACAAAGCCCGCUUGGGGCCGCGAGAGUAUGGGGGCCCCAUGGAGCGAGGCCGCGCCCGCGGCGGCUUUCAGUUCAGGAUAAGAGGACGGGGCUGGAACAGGGGCAACUACCCGGGGAACCAGAGCAACGGCAACCCAGCAAGCAUGGGCGCGCCUCCGCACCCAAAGAACGAGGACUGGGACCCAGAGUACACCCCCAAGAGCAGGAAGUAUUACCUGCACGAUGACCGGGAGGGCGAAGGGGAGAAGAAGUGGCUGGACACGAGAGGCCGAGGCAGGGGCACGUUCAUCCGAGGCCGGGGUCGCUUCAUCUUCCGCAAAGCUACCGUCGGCAGCAGCAGCCCCAAGUGGACCCAUGACAAGUUCCAGGGCAGCGGCGAGGAGGGAGAGCUGAGGGACGAGGAGAGUGAGCAGGACCAUAAAGAGGAAGACAAGGCCAUCGGCCCCGGGGCCGAGCAAUAAAGCAUGGAAAUGGCGCUCACCCUUCUGGGAUAACGCAGAAAUCUGACACGCAGAGGCAGCCUCUACACCACCACAGUAACAGCUCUGUCCAGCCAGCCACUUUCAGCCAAAAACUCACACACUUUAAAUACUCACUAGAGUAGGAUGACAGUUUUUAAAGUGGUUUUUACUUUUGGACUUUGAGGACUUGGGGGUUUUUCCCAAUAUGUAUUUUUAUCAAAAGGAUACUGUCUAGGAGUAAUUUACUUCAUGUUUUUUUUUUUUUUUUUUUUUCGGUUUUCACUUUUUAUUUGCUCAUUGUAAAAGCAUCGUCUGACAGUAGCGAUGAGGAAUAGGAAAGGGAACAGGAACUGAUUCCUGAAAUGAAAGAUAAAUGUGGCCCCAAAACAGCAGAACGUCAGGUUAUGGGGAGGGAUUCUGUUUUUCUGAGCACGAACUGUGUUUGUGCCUUAGAUGAUGACAAAUAACGAUCCAUGCAGGUAAUUUUUAAUUUUUUUUUUUUCCUGAGGGCAGGUUUUUUUCCAGUAGGAGUUGAAGAUGGUGGGGUUGUGUUUGAUUGUUGGGCUGUCGACUAGCCAUGCCCAACAUGACACAAAAACCUUCAACUGACCAUGGGACCAAUCUGCUGUGUGGGUCAAAGGUCACAUACAACAGACCAGCAUGCUUUCUCCCUGCCGUGGGCCGCGACAUCCAUGAUGUACCGUCCAUCACAAGUGAAGAUGUCGAGCUGCCCUGAUGGCAGCCCAUAAAUGCAGGGCUCUUCCUUGUGCUCGCUGCUGCGGUCGAUUUUAGGUUUUCAGACCGAUCUGUCUAGGUUUUGAUGGGUGUGUGUUCAGUGCAGAAGGUUUUGUGGAUGUUGUACUACAUUUUUUUUUUCUUUUAUAUUUUUAUUCAUCUGUACCGGUUUUCAGAAUUUAGUCAUCUAAGAUGAAGAUUUAAGUUAGUGCCUCUUGGAUAUUAGAGAAAUCACUUCUGAAUAGACAAAAUGAAAUACUGAGAUUGUAGAAAAUAAAUUAUUGUGGCCUUUAUGUUAGGGGAAAAUUUUAAAAAUGUGUUCUGUAGGUGUUCAGUCCAAAAUUUGAUAGGGUACAAGGUUUUUUUUCUUUUGGAGCCAAAUUACGUUUCUUCUGUAUUUUUUCCUUUCAGUUGACGUACAUCAGCAGUGUGCAACCCAGUCUUUCUGCAGUCCGAAAUUUUGUGUUUCAUACAAUGUUUAAGGAAGGGGAUACUAAUUCCUGUGUCAAUUCAAUUCUGUAAUUCUAACAGUAUGUAUGAAGAAUUUUGCUUUCACAAGGAACUACUGCAAAGACUAUGGCACUAUAGUGAUUUGUACAUCUUGUUCUGAAUUGCACUGCAUUUUAAUGUACAGGAUAUACUUUGACUGUGAUUAUUCAAUGUUGAGGCAAAGUUGAAACAUUUUUAAAUUGUUCCUGUAACUCUUGUAAUUUCCCAAAUUGUCAAUUAAACAAAAGGCUGGUGUA